AUGCAGAGCCAGAGCCCCCAAUUCCCGAAAGCCCCACUCGGCAACCACAUCCCGCUCUUCGCCAUCCUCAUCAGCGUGUGCCUCAUCGGACUUGCAAUCGCUCACUUUUGCAUCCAGAAGAAGGCGCCAACGCAGAAAGCGUCCCCAGCACUUCCCUCCCGAUGCAGCGACGACCACGACCCGCAUAACCCUCCCAAGCCUCCGCUCAUCAAGGCACUUUCAAGUUGCCGGGUCGAGGCGAUGACAUAUGAUGCCGACGACGAGCUUGACUCUGAUGAUGACCUCUUUUCGCCUCUCAAAUUGUCAGCGGACGAAGCGCCUUCAUACAAUUCUGGUGAAAUAGCCAAGCUGACUGGACUGUCCACGACUUCGGAAAACAUCAUCAACUCUGCCACUGAAGACUUCCGAGCUUCCCCAAAUCUAAUCUUCGCCGCUGCUGUUCUGGAACCUGGCGCAGUGCUAUUCUCAUCCUCAUCCUCAGCUCCAUGCCCCGCACAGAUCAAUGCGGCGGCUUUCUCAAACAACGCUCAUCUAUCGCACAGCCAGUCAUCCCAGAACAGCCAUGCCACUCCUCGGCUUCACGGCGCCACCUACCUUCCUCAAUGCACCGCGUCGCUACUCAAGAGUUCCACAAACCAAGGUGUGCUCUCUAUCGCCGCGCAGCACAAUGAGUACAAGAAUGUGUCACUCGAAGCAGCUUUUCAUUGA